GAUCUCACACUAGUUUGGAGAGAAGAACAAAAAAUAGAAGAAAAAAAAAAGAAGAAGUCAUGAAGAAACACCUGAGUCCUACAAAACAGCAGCAGCAGCCGCCGGUACCGGCACCGGCACCGGCUGACGGUACCGGGAUCACCGUCCAGCAACUCAACGAGCUGCUCUCCAACGGGAGCGGCUUCUACAGCCUACCGACACAGCACUUCAACGAGGUCUUCCCCCGAAUAUACAUCGGUAACGCGUUCGUUGCCCAGAAUGCAAUGCGUCUGCAGAAACUCGGAGUGACGCACGUCCUCAACGUGGCGGAGGGCACCUCCUUCAUGCACGUCAACACCAGCGUGGAGUUCUACGCCGGCACGGGCAUCACGUACCACGGCAUCAAGGCCAACGACACGGUGCAGUUCCACCUCAGUGCCUUCUUUGAGGAGGGGGCUGAUUUCAUCGACAAGGCGCUGGCUCACAAUAAUGGAAAAGGGAAAGUGUACGUACACUGCAGAGAAGGCUACAGCCGCUCCCCCACCAUGGUUGUCGCCUACCUCAUGUUGCGCCACAAAAUGGAUGCCCGGCUGGCGGUGGCCACCGUGAGGCACAAGAGAGAAAUCGGCCCCAACGACGGCUUUCUUCGCCAACUGUGCCAACUCAACGAGAAGCUGGCGAAGGAGGGCAAGCUGAACGGGGAGGUGGGCAAACUAAAGACCAAGUGA